AUGGAGACAUCAAUUGAGACGAGAAGAGUGUCUUUGGACGACUUGAAGCAGCAUAACACCGCGAGUGACUGCUGGAUAGCUGUUCAUUCCAAGGUCUGGGAUAUUACACAUUUCAUUAAUGAGCAUCCUGGUGGUCCAGAAGUGCUGUUGAAUCUGGCUGGUUCUGAUGCCACGGAACUCUACAAUGAUGUCCACGCGCCCGAUAUCAUCGAAGACCUUCCAAGUGAGAAAUUAAUCGGCCUCCUCGAGGAGUCUGCAAUUACUCGACCGACCCCUAAAAUUACCGAGAUCGAUCCCAUACCGCCUCCAGCAUCACCAACACAAACGAACGAGAUUCUCUCGACACCAACAACUAAAACAAUCCCAGCAAUAGACACGAUCUUGAGCGCUCCAGACUAUGAAAACGCAGCGCGAUAUUUGCUCUCCGCCAAAACAUGGGCGUUCUACUCGUCUGCUGCAACAGAUCUCGUCACCCACGGGAAGAAUAAGGAGCUGGUGCGGAGAGUCAUGAUCAGACCUAGGAUCUUAAGAAAUGUUUCGCAGGUGACCUACAAGACCAGUAUUCUCGGCUUCGAUAGUAGUGCGCCGUUCUUUAUUUCUCCUGCUGCUAUGGCGAGACUCGCGCAUCCUGAUGGAGAGUUGGCGCUUAGUCGGGCUGCGGCCAACGAGGGCAUCAUCCAAUGUAUCUCAAGUAAUGCUUCGUUUUCGCUCAAGUCAAUCGUUAAAGCCGCUCCACCAAAACAGCCAUUUUUCUUCCAGCUAUACGUCAACUCCAACCACGAAAAGACCGUCGAGCUACUCAAGACCGUACGUCAUCUUGGCGUCAAAGCAAUCUUUGUAACGGUUGAUGCGCCUGUGCCUGGGAAGCGCGAAGCGGAUGAGAGAGCGGCACAGGAACAAACUGUCAAGUCGGCGAUAAGUGGCGGUGAGAGCAGCAAGGAUAAGAAGGGGAGUGGGUUUGGUCGUCUCAUGGCGCAGUAUAUUGACAAGUCGUUGUGUUGGGAUGACUUAGCUUGGAUACGCGAGGCUAGCGGGGGAUUGCCGAUUGUCUUGAAGGGUGUUCAGACUGCGGAAGACGUUAUUAAGGCGGCGGAGUAUGGUGUUGAGGGUGUGCUGUUAAGUAACCAUGGUGGACGAUCUGCCCAAGCCAGUAUUCUAGUCCUACUGGAACUACGGAAGAACUGCCCAGAAGUCUUUGAUCAGCUGGAAGUCUACAUCGACGGCGGCUUCGAGCGGGGAUCCGACAUUCUGAAGGCCAUCACCCUUGGCGCAACAGCUGUUGGUAUUGGUCGGCCAUUCCUAUACUCUCUUAUUCAUGGCCAGGAUGGUGCAGAACAUCUAUGUCACAUUCUUAAAGAUGAGCUUGAGACUUCGAUGCGUCUCUGCGGCAUCACAUCGCUGAGUGAAGCGAGACCUAGCUUGGUGAAUACGUUGGAUGUUGAUCAUAUGGUGGUUGGUAAUACGUACACGCGUCUCUUGUCGAAGUUAUAG